GCAUUCAGGAUUAACACAGGUUCACCAACCUACUAUCUUUGUUACUGAAGACUGAACCCGCGUUAAUGGACUACAAGGUCAAUUCCGCGAUAAAACAUGCGUCUAAAUGUUGUUGUUGCAGUUUCUGAAAACUGGGGUAUCGGGAAGGGUGGAGGUUUGCCUUGGAAAAUAAAGAAAGACAUGGAAUUUUUCAAAUCAAUAACAACUAAAGCUCAUCCAGGUCUCAAAAAUGCGGUUGUUAUGGGGAGAUUUACAUGGGAAUCUAUACCAGAGAGCUUCAAACCACUAAAGGAUAGGAUUAACAUAGUGGUAUCAAGCACACUAUCACACGCACCACCACGUGUUCAAAUUGUUCCCAAUCUUAAUGCGGCCAUUGACUUGUUAUAUAAUGAAGAAUUCAGCUCCAUAGUAGAUGAGGUUUUUAUCAUUGGUGGGCAUCGUCUUUACGAAGAAGCCUUGAAACAAUCCAUAUACCCGGUUCGUAUCUAUUGUACGCACAUACUAAAUGAGGUGGACUGCGAUACUUAUUUCCCAAAACUCGAUUGGAGUAAACUGAAAAAAGUUGAUCUACCGGAUAUACCAGCGGGUACUUUCACAGAGAAUGGAUUUACAUACAAAUUCUGUGUUUACGACGUUCCAUCCGAACAGUUUAUAUAAUUUAUAAAUUCAUUAGUAGAUAUCAUUUAAUCAAAUAUUUAUUCGUAAAAUUUUUAAUUUUAAAUACAAAUCGUUUUAUA